UUGUCUGUUUUCCUAUUUUUUAUCUGAUGUUCAGAAUUCUCUUGGAGCAACAGGGAUUUUUGCACUUUGCUUUGCUUCUGGUAUGUCCCUUUUUAAAGAAGGAGAAUGUUGAUCAGAUUCCUUGUUCGAAUUAGUAUUUAAUAAAUACAUGAAGUUUAAUGUAAGAUAACAUGAUCUAAUUUGCCAGAGCUUUCUAUUGCCAUAUAAAUUCUUGGUUGUUUUGGAAGGCAGCACCUUCACAGAAGAUUUAUUCCUGCAGAGGUGUCUCUUUCCUGGGGCAUUUGCCUGAAAGAGAUGAGAAUAUCAUAUAAAGAGAUGAGAGAUCUUGCAUCGUGUCAGAGUUUUGUUGCCUCUCCUCCUGUAAGAAAACAAGUUUGAAUUAAGACCAGGAUAAAAUGUGUAAUAUUGAUGUGUCUCUGACCGAUAUUAACCUUUGUGUACAGAUAAUGUUCUCCAUGGUGCAAAAACAUCGGGCUACUUGUUUUCUUUAUCCUCUGCAGUUGUGGUUUCAUAGUGCUUGUUGAAUUUAUUGAGAAUACAAAUGGUCUACGGGUUUCUAAGAGAAAAAACUUCAGACUUUGCAUAAAGCUGUCUGGAGCACCUCUUCCCCAGCUUUUUCCACUGUUGUCUUCCACGUAAACUUACCCACUGCUGAUGCAAAGCCCUUUCUUCCUUGAUUGCUAAAAUGGAACAAACGUUUCUGUCACUGUGUUUUCUCUGAUUUUGUUGCUACUGAAGCGACCUGAGGGGCUCUUUUCUGCUGGCCUGCUGGAUGAAGCUGGAUGUUUCAGCUCUAACCUGCAUCCCAGUUGUGGCAGGAUCAUUCUACCAUUAAUGAUCAGCUUGUCAGACUGUGAGGUCGUGCUUGAGUGCAGCAUGUCUGGUUUCUGCUGGAGCUUUGUUGUGGGUCAGUUAAUUGAAGCUUUAAUUGGAGGGGAUAUGCCUGUCUGCUUCAUUCAUUUACAGCCAUCAACAAUUUACUUUCAGACCUCGCCCACUGUUCUCCUGCCUUUAUGCUACUGACCUCUCUGCUAGCUGUUCUGCCUGACUUGUGUAGGGUCCAACCGAGUCUGAGGGAAUGUUAAACAAUUCAGCACUUCUGCUCAGAGAGAUUUACAGCAGAGGAUCCAUUUCGUGAAGCAGAGGAAACGCUUUCACCAGCUGUUGAACAGAGAAGUCUGACAUACUGUUUGCUCAGAUUGUUUUACUUCUGGUGUUUCUAGGAGGUGUUUAUUUCGUGUAGGUGACAGAGGCUCCCCCAACUCACCAGAGAGCAGAUGCAGCAGCCUGUGCAGCGUUUGGCCUCUCUGCUUUGGCUUUUUGUUUGUUAGAAGCUUCAUCUUUCAAGGAAUUUGAUCUGUGAUUUUCCUCCCCAGGCUGCAGGCCCUGCUUCAGCACAUCGUAUCCUCACGUGUGGGAAGAGAAGUCUGCAAGCUUAGUAUUUAAUGGUGAUGGUCACACAUGUGCUGGAAAAAGGCUUCAAUGUUUUUAAAAUAUUUUCUUUCUUAUGAAAAGGUGGUAUUAAAUAGCCAAUAAGAAUGCACUUAGCUCUACAGAUAUAAAAACUUGAAGAUGUUGAGUAAAAAUUCUGUCAUGAAAGGUUCAUAAAGAAUUGUUAAUCAUGGUUUUUUGUACAGAUUUGAGUAUUUUAUUUAAUGACAUUUUCAUUGUGAAUAUAUGCUCAGCUGGAGCAUCAGUCAUAAAUCUUGUAUGGUAAUGUGCAGUUUGUCUUCUGUUUAAUGGGAUUUGACAGUGAGCCCUAGUCUGAAGUGCUCAAAACAAAGCUUUCCCUGUUGUGUUCAGUUUAGAGUUUCGGCUGUAGGUGUUUGCAGUGAGUUCACAGGAUGUAUUUUCAGCACUCAGAGCUGUAUGACAGUCUGUUGCAUUAACGUCACCUAUUAAAGCAUGUAUUUAAUGCAUACCAGUUUCCACUUACGUUUUUCAUCUUUGAGGGCAGGAUGUGACCAUGGAUCUCAUCUACCAACCCAUCCUGCAGCCAUCUGCUGUUGCUUUGGAACCUCCCAAGUGUAUGUGGUGGAAGGCUACAGUGAUGCUCUGUAGAAUAAACCAGGACUUCCCUUUCAAGCAGUUUCCAGUGUGCAUAUGGAAGCUUCAGCUGCAGGGCCUCUCCCUUUGGGACAUGAGAUAAAACUCUUUUUCAGAAAAUGCUUUCUGAGCUAAAAAAUGUCAUCCUUCCCUCAUCUUACUCAACAAAUGCAUGCCAUGGCUGUUGAGAGGAGCUGGGGAAAGCUGGAUUAGCUUUGCCAUCAGUUGGUCUCUGUGAAGGAGAAGGUACGAGCUGUGAAGUUCCUGUGGGGUUUGAGCUGUCUAAAAAGCAUUCCAUUUACUUUUAAGCCGUGUGAACACAGACAGGCACACUCUCCUUUUCUGUCCCUGGCUGACUGUUUCAAAAAUUCUUGUAGAUGCUGGUAAAUGUUUGAGCCCUCUAACUCUCUGUAAAAGCUGGUGGUGAAAUAUGGGCUGCUGGAGAGCUGGGCAGACAUGCACUAUUUGCUCAUACAAACCUGGCGUAAGGAUGUCAAAUAGAAGUCUGGGAUUAAAUUUGUAAAGCCUUGGUUUUCUACUGCUCUUUUCUUGCUAACCAAAUUAGCUGUUUUAUUCCAGUCCUGAUGAGUCCUCUGGUUUAGUCACUCCAUUUCCAAGUAUUGCUUUGGAUGAAGUUGUCUUUAAUUCACAAAGGGAAGCCUGAAGCUGUCUGCUUCAUUGUGAACAGGCUGCUGUUUGGGAUCACCUUUUGGGGAUCAAGUUGGCAACCGCUGCACUGUUCCUUCCUUGCAAAUAUUUCAGAGGCAAUUCUUCCUUAGUUCCUUGUAGUUCCAAGAAUUUCUCCUUCUUUCUUCCUGCUUGUGUCUCUGUAAUCAUCUGUCCUCUGGUCAGGAUUCAUCACUUCCUCAAGAAAUAAGCCUGGCGUUCUUUGGUUUCCCUCGAGGAAAAACAAAAAAACCAGUUGUGGCAGAGCUAACAAGCCAUCUCACAAAGCAGUAAGUGCAUUUCUCUGUAAUUUUUGCACUCGUUACAUGUAUAAUAAUUUUUUCAAGUAGCCUCAGGCAGUGGAUGACUGUCCAGCACUGAAGUGAUGAUGCGCUUUGAGAAAUGCCUCAUCUGAGACCUAGGGAACAAUGUAUUUCCAGCUGGAGAUGCAGAAUUUUCUCCUGUGUCUAUAGUUCAGCUGUUCCUUAUGUUUCUUCCCUGCUUGCUGGGGCUGCCCAGCAGGGCAUGAAUGAGAGCCUCUCUUCAUGACUGCCUGCUGCUCCCCCUCCUGCUCCCACCUCCUUGCAAAGCCUUCUCUUUCCUCUGGGCUCAGCCCCUCUUGCUUCUGCUCCUGAGCUCUGCCCCUCCAGUGGGAGCUGCAGGUUUAUCUGGAGGCGAGAAGUCUCAUUUGUAAGCCAAGAUCCAGGGGGAGAGAAACGGUUUGGCUGCCCAGGAGUAAAAAGGAGAGACAGAGCCUGGGCACGAUGACUGUAUUCCCCACUCUUGGGCUUCUCUUCCUUUGUCAGCUAUUAGCCACAACAUCAGCUCAGAGAGUAGGACCACAAGGCCCUCCUGGACCCCGAGGACCCCCUGGACCAUCUGGCAAGGACGGCAUAGAUGGUGAGCCGGGCCCUCCUGGUUUGCCAGGCCCACCAGGACCAAAGGGUGCACCUGGAAAGCCUGGAGCAGCUGGUGAAGCUGGGCUGCCUGGCCUUCCUGGAGUAGACGGCUUAACGGGAACUGAUGGCCCUCCUGGCCCAAAUGGGCCUCCGGGAGACCGUGGUGCAUUAGGACCUGCUGGACCACCUGGACCAGCUGGUAAAGGACUACCAGGACCUCCAGGGCCUCCAGGACCCAGUGGACUUCCAGGUGGAAAUGGAUUUCGGGGUCCUCCUGGGCCUUCUGGUCUGCCAGGAUUCCCAGGGCCUCCUGGACCACCCGGACCUCCCGGUCUUGCAGGCAUCAUUCCCGAAGGCGGUGGGGACCUUCAGUGCCCAGCUCUGUGCCCACCAGGUCCUCCUGGUCCUCCAGGAAUGCCAGGCUUCAAGGGACACACUGGUCACAAAGGAGAACCUGGUGAAAUAGGCAAAGAAGGAGAGAAGGGCAGCCCUGGCCCUCCAGGUCCUCCAGGCAUCCCUGGCAGCGUUGGCCUGCAGGGCCCAAGAGGACUAAGAGGUCUCCCUGGUCCAAUGGGCCCUGCUGGUGACAGAGGUGACAUCGGUUUCAGAGGGCCGCCUGGAAUCCCAGGACCUCCGGGGAGAGCUGGAGACCAAGGAAUCAAAGGACCUCAAGGAUUCAGAGGGCCCAAAGGCGAUACUGGUAGACCCGGACCAAAAGGAAACCCAGGGGCUCGUGGGCUCAUAGGAGAACCUGGCAUGCCUGGCAAGGAUGGACGGGAUGGGGCUCCUGGACUCGAUGGUGAGAAGGGUGAUGCAGCUCGUAUGGGUGCUCCUGGAGAGAAGGGGCCAAACGGACUUCCCGGUCUGCCUGGAAGAGCAGGGAUUAAAGGCUCUAAAGGUGAACCAGGCAGUCCUGGAGAGAUGGGAGAGGCAGGUCCCUCUGGAGAGCCAGGUAUCCCAGGCGACGUUGGUAUUCCUGGUGAUAGAGGUCUGCCGGGACCCAGAGGAGCAACUGGCCCCGUUGGUCUCCCAGGCCCCAUUGGAGCCCCUGGUGUCCGAGGCUUCCAGGGUCCCAAAGGUGCCAGUGGGGAACCUGGCCUUCCUGGUCCAACUGGAAUUCGUGGAGAGUCUGGUGACAGGGGUCCUACUGGUGUUAUUGGUGCCAAAGGUAACCAGGGCAUUGCUGGGGCAGACGGUCUCCCAGGUGACAAAGGAGAACUGGGUCCCUUUGGUCCUCCUGGCCAAAAAGGAGAGCCAGGAAAAAGAGGAGAACUGGGUCCAAAAGGUGCUCAAGGACCCAAUGGGACAGCUGGAGCUCCAGGGAUCCCAGGACACCCAGGGCCCAUGGGCCAUCAGGGGGAGCAGGGCGUUCCUGGCAUCACAGGCAAACCAGGGCCUCCUGGCAAAGAGGCCAGUGAACAACAUAUAAGAGAACUCUGUGGGGAAAUGAUAAACGAUCAAAUUGCACAGUUAGCUGCUAAUCUGAGAAAGCCCUUAUCUCCUGGGAUGACGGGGCGCCCUGGCCCUGCUGGUCCUCCAGGUCCUCCAGGAGCUACAGGAAGCGUUGGCCAUCCUGGUGCUCGUGGUCCCCCUGGGUACAGAGGGCCAACAGGAGAGCUUGGUGAUCCUGGUCCCAGAGGUGACACUGGCGAAAAGGGAGAUAAAGGACCGGCUGGACAAGGAAUUGAUGGGCCUGAUGGUGAUCAAGGACCUCAAGGACUUCCUGGUGUACCUGGAAUUAGUAAAAAUGGUCGGGAUGGUGCUCAGGGUGAACCCGGUCUUCCAGGGGAUCCUGGUACUCCUGGUGCUGUUGGGGCUCAGGGAACUCCAGGCAUAUGUGACACAUCAGCUUGCAUGGGAGCUGUCGGAGCAUCGACUUCCAAAAAGUCAUAAGAGUACAAGAAGUGGAGAAGUGACUGAAUAUUUAAAUAAACAGUGCAUUGUAAGAAAACAGACAAUCUUCCUAGUGAUAAAUGGACAGAUGUUCCUCCUGUUAUUUUAAGUGGAGACUUUGACACAAUAAUUCAGUUCUAUGAAAAAGAAAGCAUCAGAUGAAAACCGUAACUAAAGAUGCUUUAUGAGCAUUUUUUUCCUUCUCCCCCAAUACUUUUACUUCUAAAUCACCUCACCUUCUUCCCUGCCUCCCUGUGUUGAAGAGACCAGCAAGAGGAAGUGUUCCUUUUUACCAUCAUCUCCAAGCUGCGCUAGUGCAGCUUUUCUGUACAAAUGUUUGAGCCUUUGUCAAUUGAAUUCCUCGGUGCUGCUCCCACUGACUUCAGCCAUGCAGGUUUGUGCACUAACAUCCACCUUGUUCAGGUUUCAGGCACCUAACUGCUGCUUACAGCAGUGGACAUAAGGCAUUUAAGCAUCCAGUAUUUUAACACCUUAACACUCUGGGCUAAGACCAUAGCUUAGGUAUAUGCUGCCUAUUAUCAGUAUUCAGACCGCACCUCAAAUAUUUGCCCAGCCUAGUAAUUACUAAGCCUCUUGCAAUCAAAUUCUGCAAAAGGUGUAAUGUAUAUAUUUUAAUUUACGGGGGAGAGUUUUUGUAUUUCCAUAUGAUAGCAAAGGAAGUUAAGUAACAGCAUUUUCAUGUCCUCAACUUAAGCUAUUUGCACAGUAAUCAUGAAAGAAACCCCAAGUAAGGAAGGAAGGAUGCUCUUCUGAAGUUCAGCCAAAAAAAGACUUGUAUGAACUGUUGUAAAAAUAAAAGGAGAUUUUUUUUUUAACCCUUUCUUUGUGAUGUUAUAAAUGUCACUAUACACAUGAAAAUGAACUCUAUAUUCCAAAACUGUUUUUUCCUAGGAUUGUUUGGAAAUAAAUUGCUGCAAAAUUGUCAAUAUCCGUGAUUUCAAACAGUAUUUCCUUUGGGAGACCUUUUCGUACUUCAAAACCUGCUGGCAUCAUCUAUUAUCACUGAAAUU